AUGGACGACAGAAUAUCCCAACUGCCAAUACCUAUACUUCACCACAUACUUUGUUCUCUCUCCCAGAAAGAAGCUCUGAGAACUUGUGUACUCUCCAAACAAUGGCGCCACAUAGGAUCAACCCGCCCAAACCUCGACUUCUCCGAAGAACGGUUCAACGACACACAAGAAAUGUCUGCCUCCGUCAACUGCUCCUCCAUACUGCAACACAUUCUCUAUCAGCUCUGCAGACCAUGGAGCCACAGAGGAUCAACUCGCCCCAACCUCAACUCUUCCGGAAGUACAGAACAAAACUUUUUCUCGGUAGUCAACCAAACCCUACAAGGAUAUCUUGAUCGAAACUUCUCCAUACACAAACUCUAUCUCGACUUUUCGAGGCCCGACUCACCACCGGCUGUCUCCCUUCUCGACAAAUGGAUCCCGAUGAUAGCCGCCCUCAGCAUAAAAUCGUUCAAACUCAACUCUCGUUCAUAUACUCCGGCAGUUAAUGGCUAA